AUGUCUAAGGCAAAGGAGUCGAAAAAGAAUAAAUCGAAUACGACAGCAGCAGCAACCACCAACAAUAGCAGCAGCAGCACAAUGAAACAAAGUGUUAAUGGCCAAGAAACGAUGGAAACGACGACGACUACGAGGGCCGUAACCAAGAAUCCCCUCAAAUCGGAUGCAACUGAUAACAAAUUGGAAAAAUGUGAAAAUGAUGAUGAUGAUGACGAUGAAGGUAGUGAUCAAUUUCAUUCAGCCCCCACCACACCUACCAAAUCCUCAAAUAGUUCGUUAAAGGAUUUUUGCAAUCAACAACAGCAAUCGCAACCAAAAUCGACCCAGGAAAAAGAACCUACCAAUAAGUCCAGUUCCAGUGAAGGUUUGCCCCUGCAUAAAUGCAUAUUCCAAAAUGACAUCGCAGCAUUGCGAAAACUUUUGGAAAGUAAAAAAGAAAACCUUUCACUGAAAGAUAAACAUGGUAAUACCCCAUUGCAUUUGGCCGUUAUGCUCGGCCGCAAGGAAUGCAUUAAAUUGCUAUUGGAUCACAAUGCCACAGUGAAAAUAAAAAAUAACGAAGGUUGGACAGUACUGGCAGAGGCAAUUUCUUACGGAGAUCGCGAUACAAUCGGUUUGCUGUUGAAGAAGUUACGACAACAAUCCCGUGCCCACUUGGAAUCACGACGUUCGUCGAUGAUAAAGGGCCUUAAGCAAAUCCAGGAUUUCUAUAUGGAAUUGAAAUGGGAUUUUACAUCAUGGGUGCCGUUGGUGUCACGCAUGCUACCCUCCGAUGUGUGUCGCAUACACAAAUGUGGCACCUCGCUGCGCCUCGACACCACUUUGGUCGACUUCAAUGAUAUGCGUUGGGAGCGAGGUGAUAUUUCGUUCAUAUUUCGUGGUGACCAUCCCAUGAAUCAUUCCAUUACGGUGCUCGACAAUGAAUAUCAAUGUUAUCAGCACAUCCACUAUGAGGAUUCCGAUAUCGAUGAUGAGGUGGAUAUUUUAAUGUCUAGUGACAUUUUGGCAGCCCACAUGUCCACAAAGAGUAUACAAUUUGCUCGAGCCCAGACGGGCUGGAUAUUUCGUGAGGAUCGCAAAGAAAUGGUUGGGGGGCAAUACCAAUCGGAGCUAUAUUCUGUACAGGGUUUGGUGUUAAAGCAACGUAAACGUCGUGAACAUUUGACCCAGGAUGAUAUACAAAAAAACAAAACCAUGUUGGCCACCAUGUCCCAGGGCGGUGGAGGGGGACGUCGUUCUAGUCUUACGAACAGCAAUAGCAAUUCAACCGAUGCCAGUUCCACCACCACCACGUCCACCACCAAUGGCUCCGCAAAUCACCAAACCAUUGAGGUGGUACGCCGCUCCUCCCUACCACCCCCACCAAAACCCUCCAUAUCUUGGGAACAAUAUAUAAAUGCCGAGACCGGUAAAUGUCCCCAACUGGGACGACCACCCGUCCAUAAACAAUCGAAUAAAUCGCUGAAAGCCACUGUUGCCAUGUCCAAAGAUUUUCCCCUGUCCGUGGAAAUGUUGCUGAAUAUUUUGGAGGUCAUUGCGCCGUUUAAACACAUCAACAAGCUGCGAGAAUUUGUCAAUUUGAAGUUGCCACCCGGUUUUCCCGUGAAGGUGGAGAUACCGGUGUUGCACACCGUCACCGCCAAGAUAACAUUUCAGAAAUUUGAAUUUCGUGAUAACAUCUCGCCGUCACUUUUCGAAAUUCCCAAAAAUUAUGUUGAGGAUACAAGGCGUUUUCCCGAUUUAUGACCUAAUGGUGA